AUCAAUAUAUGUUAUGUCAUGUAUAUUCAAUUAUGUAUGUAAGGGAGGAAUUAAGGAGGUUUAAACACCCCCAUUGCAAAUGGCAAUUUGUAAUAUUUUCUCAAAUUACUCAUUUCUAAAAAAUACUAUUUUCAACAAAAAUUUUCUGCUUAUUUUAAGCCUUUUAUAAGGUAAAAAAACGCCAUUUAAAAUUCAUUUUACCACAUGGUGAAACCAAUGCACCCCUCCUUGUCUCUCACUUAAAAUUAUGAAGUAGCUCCAUCUACAUGUGACAACGUUUGAAACUGCAUUUUUAAAAAGGUUUUGAAGAAGACGCAUUGCUGCUUAGGCGCUACUUAGACAAUUUCUUAAGAGGAAAGAUGAAAAACACUUAUUUCAGCUAAUUGAAAAACAAGCAAGUCAUGUGUUUCAUUACCGAAAACUUAACAAGCAGCGGAAGUGCAUGCUAUCUGGCCUUAUUUCUUAUACUCUUAUCCACCUUCUACUACUUUAUCCGAUCACGUGGCCUACCGCCUGGACCUACAGGCUUUCCCUAUAUAGGAUACUGGCCUUUCUUUGAUGCUUCGACUAUACAUUUCCAAUUGGAAGAGUUAAGAAAAAAAUAUGGUGACGUUUUCAGCUUUACCGUUACAGGUCGCCUGUACAUAUCUUUAUGUUCGUAUAAUGCCAUAAGAGAAGUAGAAUUUAAAAAACCACAAGAUUUUGAAACGAGGGCAUCCGGUUAUAAUCUACUAAACUAUUAUUUUCAAGAUGGGAUAGCUUUUUCAAAUGGAGAGGAAUGGAAAGUUCAGAGAAAAUAUUACAUUCAGCAACUCAAAGAGCUUGGAAUGACGACCUUCAGAGAGGAGCGAAAAGGGCCCAUUUAUGAUGCCGUCAAUCAUUGUGUAAAAGACUUGGAGAAAAUUGGUGGUAAGCCAGUGGAUUUAACUGAGAUUAUUGUGAAAGGAAGCAGCGAAAUUUUGAGGACUACUCUAUUUGCGGGAGAAGAAGAUUUCACAUGUGAAGAUAUAAAGGAUGUCUGCCAUUCUUAUGAAUUUACGUUGCAAAACAUGACUGGACCAAACCUUCUCCUGAUUGGAGAUUUUGCUAAGUAUUUUAUUCAUCCAUUUACGAAGGGUCACCACUUGGCAAUGGAGCACUUUAAUAUCCUGAUCAAAAAAAUAUUCAAAAUGUUGAACAAACACAAAUCAAGUUUCAACGAGAAUAAUGUAAGGAAUGAUAUCUUCGACAGAUACUUCAAAGAGAGGUCAGAUAGAUUGGCAAGAAACGAUCCUACAGCUCAAUAUUUCACGGACAAGGCACUGGUUAAUUCCAUGUUUGUAUUUAUCGGUGAUGGUGUAAUGACCGUGGGAGUUUUUGUAUGCACAUUUUUCAAGGCACUCUUGGACCAUCCCGAAGAGCAAGAGAAAAUCUACAAUGAGCUGGUGGACGUAGUGGGAGUGGACAGGGAUCCAGGCAUUGAAGACAAGAGUAGACUGCCUUAUACCAAUGCAUUUAUCUUAGAAGUUACUAGAACGAGCGAAGUUCUUCCAUUCAUCCCAGAACUAGAGUGUACAAGAGAAACAAUUAUUCAAGGGCAUAGAAUACCGAAAGGGUCUGUUAUGAUGAUUAAUGUUUGGGCAGCUCAUCACGAUCCGAAUGAAUACGAAGAGCCACAUAAAUUUAAUCCCUCUAGAUACAUUCCUGAAAAGGGAAAGAAAAAACCAGAAGCUCCGAUUUUAUUUGGAACUGGGAGGAGAGCUUGCAUUGGUGAAGGAUAUGUAAUGGCUCAGACAUUUCUUUUCCUUACAACUAUUGUUAAACAUUUCCGUUUAACUAAAGCAACGGAUGAAGACAAAAAUGCACUGUUCCUUGUUGGCAAAAUGGAAGUUUGUGCCCAUCCUAGAAACCCGACAUAAAAACCACUGUUGAUGAUGGUACCAUUAAUAAAUAAUUUUUACUUGCAAA